AAUCUCUCCCUCUCCUCUCCCUCUCUCUCUCACCUGUUCUUCUUCUCCCAGUAGUCAGGUCGUCAGGUCUUCUGCUGCAAAAUCUCUCUCUCUCCUCUCCCUCUCUCUCACCCGUUCUUCUUCUCCCAGUAGUCAGGUCGUCAGCCAUUCAGCUCCGAUAAUCUCGCAACCUCACAGAGUUUUCGGAGUAAUAGACUAGUACUGCGAAUAGAGACCGAUGAUGUCCGAAGAGUGAAGAGGCGAUUAUAAUUUUGUGUGGCGGACUGGUAUAAUAUCGUUCUUCAUCUGAGGGGUUUAAUUGUGUCUAAUGGCUACCGAUGGUUUCAGACGGCAACAGGUUUCAUCAGCUCCGCCUCGAAAAAUCAAUGUCCAAAAGUUUGCAGAAUCACGGGGUUCAGAGCUUGAGACACUCCAUUCAAUUGUAUCUAACAGAUUGAACAAUGAUUUCCGGUCUCGGAGAAGCAAGAGAAGAAGAACCACUGCUUACGACAAUCAAGCCGCCAAAAAAAGAUGUAGAAAGAAGCGAAAACUUGAUCAGAGUAAUGCUUUGACAUUGCCUCCAGGGAAAUAUGACAAGAAGAAUGUUCCUCGUCGCAUUCGUCGGAGAGCUGAGCUUAAAAUGAACCUUGAAAAGGGUUUCUGCACAUCAGGGGAUGGUACAAAGAGGCUUAGAACACAUGUUUGGCAUGCGAAGCGGUUCACAAUGACAAAGCUUUGGGGUUACUACCUUCCCUUGGGUUUGCAGGGCAGAGGAAGGGGUUCCAGAGCUGUCUUGAAGUGGUUCAGGGAUGGAGUGCUUGUUCAUGAUGCAAGCUAUCAUGUAGCUAUCCAAUUGGAGGGGCCGGAGGAUUCGUUACUAUCAGUGUUAGGCAUGGUAAUGGUGUCUCCUCCGUCAACUCGUUCUGAAACUGUUUCCCAUUCUGUUAUUUCUGGUGUCAUAUAUGAUAAUGCUAUGCUUCAUCAUUUGGGAGCACCUCUUUCAAAACCAAUUGCUCCUGUGAACUGUAUGUGGCGGCCUUCUGGCCAACCAAAUAGAGAUAAUAAUGCAGCUGACUGUGAAGGCGAUGAAUUUAAUGGGCUAGAGGGUACAAAGCACUCUUCUACUGAUCGCCAGCUUUGGGUGUGGAUACAUGCUUCUGCUCUCACUGAAGCUUAUGACACUAUGAAAUUAGCUUGCCAAAAAGAGAUGGAGGGCAGGGGCAUCGUGAUUAAUUGUUCCUCACUUGAGGGUCAACUUGCAAAAUUAGAAUUAGUGGGAUCAAAAGCAUUUCAACUCCUUCAAAGGACAUUAAUCCCUGCUACCAGGACUAGAGAUACUUCUUGGAAGUUGAUGAGACAUUCAGCUGCCGAGGCAGAUGUGGAUUCCCGAUCUACAAUUCAUCUUAAAAACGAGGAGGAAAUUCCUUCUCAUGCAAUUUUGUCCCUUAAUGUCAAGGAUCCUCGCACAUUAACAGAGAAGGGAAACACUGCAGAUGCUGAAGAUUUAGGUUCAGCUAGUAUACUAGGUGAUGUACUAGGAACUGAAGACAACGAGCAUAUUAUCUGUGGACAAUUUUCAGACAAACCUGCAGGUAGUGGCAAGAUCAGAGCAAACAAUUUGUGGGAUGUUAGCAGUGGAGUAAGCCCUCCAGUGGAAGAGGCUGUUCUUUGCAAUGAAAGACAUGACCAGAAGAGGAAUUUCUUCUGCCUCGAUGAUUCAAGUUCAGGGGCACUAAAUACUUCCUCCACGUCACAGGGCUCAUGGUCUUGCCCGAUUAUGCUUUUGAAGAAUAGUAACGGAAGAGGCUUGCAUGUUGGAUGGUCUGUUAUACUCCCCUUAAGCUGGGUCAAGGCAUUUUGGAUUUCUCUUGUCUCUAAGGGGGCUCAUGCAUUGGGUUUGAGAGAGAAGCGCUGGAUUUCAAGUGAAGUGGGGUUGCCAUAUUUUCCUUCAGAUUUUCCUGAUUGCAAUGCAUAUUUAUGCCUCAAGGAAACCGAAGCUGCUGCCUCUAAUCUUAAAGAUGAACUGCGUCCUCCAGCCAUAAGACCUUUGAAGGUUCCCAUUUUAUCCCCAUGGAAUAGUAUCCGAGUUGCUUUAAAAGAAGAAUCUGUUGCAGUUGGAGAUGCUGAAAGUUUUUGGCAACAACAUGGUGUCAGAAGCGAUUCAUCAUCUAAUUCAGAGUGUGGAAACUCUGAUGCUACAUUAGCUGGCUGUCAUGGAGAUUCAUUUGAUGGUUUUGUAGCACGGACGAAAUUUUCACUGACAAAUUUCUUGAAUGAAAUUCAAGGCUGUCAUUUGCGUAUGUAUCCUUAUGUGGCUGAUAAGGAGACAAGUUUUACGAAGUCUAUGAGGGGUGAAAUAAAGCUUGAACCGGGCCAAGAUCAGCUUGCUAGAUUUAAGUACAAUCGUAAAUUAUGUUAUGUUAGAGUAUUGCUCCAUGCUUACAAGGAAGGUUUUCUUGAAGAGGGAGCAGUAAUUUGUGCGCCUCGACUGACGGACAUCUCACUGUGGACCAGGUCAGAUAGUUUCGAUGGAGGACUUCAGAUGCCUCAGUCUGCUGUGGCAUCAUACUUCGCAGAGCAAUCUUAUGGUAAGUGGGAAGUCCAAAUACCAGAGGACGCUGUUCUUAGAGAAACUCAUCGUUCGCCAAUAGGCUUCGUCACCACUGGUUUUGUUAGAGGGAGCAAGAAGCCAGUAGCAGAAGCUUUUUGCGAGGCAGUUGUACUCGCUCGUCUCAGAGAGGAACAAUGGGAUUCGGUGCCAGCUAAGCAAAGACGAAAGGAAAUAUAUGUUCUAGUCAGGAAUUUGAGAUCUUCAGCUUAUAGACUUGCUCUUGCCACCAUUGUUCUGGAGCAUCAGGAAGAAGAUGUCGAAUUCUUGUGAGCAGCCGCAGAAUAUGUGGUUGGCUUGCGUAGCACAACAAAACAAUGUUGUUCUAAAUUUACUUUUUACUAAACCAAAUAGUUAUAGGAAGCUUCAUGUUUUUCGUGUCUCGGCAACAUCACAGUCAUUAGUCACAUAAUACAUAUAACCUUUCAUCUUUA